AUGGUUUUUUUCAGCUAUACAGAGGGAAGGCCAGUUGAUUCUUUUCGUGUGUCUAACUUUGGUCAACCAGUUGGAUAUGGCAAAGAGGAUUCUGUUCCCUUGAGUGGAAACUCAAUUUUUGACUCAUUUAAAGUAAGUGGCCAAACAAUUUCUCGAGGUCCUGUUCAACUCAGUUCCUUUGAUAAGUUGCCAACUUCACUUGAUAAAAGCCCAUUUUCGAACCAAACAGAGCAACAAAGUUUGCAAUUACAAAGGGUUCACUCCUCUAAUCUGGUCACUGGUGAUACAGAGCACCAGGAAGAGUCUGCCAUGGCUGAUGCUAGUCCUAGAACUGAUAUUUCUACAGAUGCAGACACUGAAGAUAAGAAUCCACAGUUUGAUAGAAGUCAGGCCCUUGUAGCAGCAGCUUCUGAUUCUAGUGACAGAUCAAAGGAUAAAACAGAUCAGAAGACUCUCCGCAGGCUUGCUCAGAAUCGUGAGGCUGCAAGAAAAAGCCGACUGAAAAAGAAAGCUUAUGUUCAACAGCUGGAAAGUAGUCGUUUAAAGUUGACUCAAUUGGAGCAAGAGCUUCAGCGAGCUAGGCAGCAGGGAAUAUUUAUAUCAGGUUCAAGUGAUCAAGCGCAUUCAAUGACCGGAAAUGGGGCUAUGGCAUUUGAUGUAGAAUAUGCAAGGUGGCUGGAAGAGCACAAUCGACAAAUUAAUGAGCUAAGAGCAGCUGUAAAUUCUCACGCAGGUGAUACAGAACUUUGCAUGAUUAUUGAUGGUGUUAUGGCACAUUAUGAUGAGAUAUUUAAGCUGAAGGGCAAUGCAGCUAAGGCUGAUGUCUUCCAUUUGUUGUCUGGCAUGUGGAAAACACCAGCAGAGAGGUGUUUCCUAUGGCUUGGUGGUUUUCGCUCAUCUGAACUACUGAAGCUCCUGAUAAAUCAGUUGGAACCUCUUACGGAGCAGCAGUUAGCGGGUAUCACCAACUUGCAGCAAUCUUCCCAACAGGCAGAAGAUGCAUUGUCUCAGGGCAUGGAAGCAUUGCAGCAGUCCCUUUCUGAGACAUUAUCCACAGGAUCACUUGGCACCUCUGGUUCAUCAGGGAAUGUGGCAAAUUACAUGGGUCAAAUGGCUAUGGCCAUGGGUAAAUUAGGGACACUUGAGGGGUUCAUUAAACAGGCUGACAAUUUGCGCCAGCAAACACUGCAACAAAUUCAUCGCAUAUUGACAACUCGGCAAUCGGCACGUGCACUGCUUGCCAUACAUGACUACUUUUCUAGGCUGCGUGCUCUUAGCUCUCUUUGGCUUGCCCGCCCCAGAGACUGA